CUAUGGUUCUGACAAACGGCACACACUGCAAAAGGUGUGUACCCGCGCAAUAGACUGUACCCCAUCGGUCUUUUUUUUACGCGCGUGGGUUUAAAAGAGCUCCCGGGCGUCUCGUGUCAUACACCUGCGGUACCGAGCUGGACGGAUAUCGACCAAAGUGAUUAACGUCAAACCAUCUUCACACUCACUAAUUGAAUCUAACCGCCUUUUUUUCCGACUGUCUGGUGGAUUUGGGUAAUAAUACUGCUGUGAAAAUGAACUACAAGUGAAGCUGGUCAAGCCAGGCAACCCUUUAAAUCGCCACAGCGCUCCACUCCUUUCGCUUUCGGUUUAACCCCGCCUGUUUCUGCUCUGGGCUUGCAGCUAACGGGCGGAGAGAGGAAGACAAAGAGAGAGAGGAAGAUGGCGGGGUUCUUGGAUAACUUUCAGUGGCCGGCAUGUUUCGACCUCGGAGAGAAACGCAACACCGUGGCCUCCGUCGCGGCCGGGCUCUUGUUCUUCUCAGGUUGGUGGGUGAUAAUAGAUGCAGCUGUGAUUUAUCCAACUCAGGAAGCGCUCAACCACGCAUUCCACACCUGUGGAGUCUUCUCCACUAUAGCUUUUUUUAUGGUAAAUGCUGUCUCUAAUGGUCAGGUGAGGGGGGACACAUAUGGAGAAGGCUGCUUGGGUCGAACAGGAGCACGCCUCUGGCUUUUUCUUGGCCUCAUGUUGAUGUUCGCGUCACUGAUUGCUGCCACCUGGAUCCUGUUUGGAGCUUUUGUUGUCCCCGAUAAAGAGGUGGAUCCCGGCCUGUCCAUUUUCUUCCAGAAUCUUUUAAUCUUUUUCAGUACGCUCAUUUACAAGUUUGGACGGACUGAGGACCUUUGGGGAUAAAAGAACACAAACUUAUCCUAACAUUAAACACACACACACACACACACACACACAGUAUAUACACACUCACACACACUCACACACACUCACUCACACACACUCACACUCACACUCACACACACACACACACACACACACAGUAUAUAAACACACGCAAAAGCACAGAAUCUUCCAGUGUUAAGCCUGUUUUUGAGUCAAUUUGGAUUGUUUUUAAUUCUAAUAAUAAAACAGAAGUGUUAAGAUUGUUUUUAA